AUGGAGUGCUCUGCAAGAGAAAGUGGUGUGGGUGGUAUCAUUGACAGUUGCCAGCUCUUGCAGUUUGGAUACACUGUGGCUUUCAGAGGCAGCCCGAGCCCAGUUCGCAGCCCCAGCAGCAGCGCCGAGAGCAGCACAAGUAGCAGUUUCAGGGCCAGGUGGAACACCUGUAGCAACAACCUCAUGGCGGGCAGGACCUGUCAGGAUGUGGCCACGGUGGGCUAUGAGGACUUGCUCUCUGUCUGGGCCGCCGUACCCGGGGAAAACCAUCGUAUGAGCAUCACACCAGCUGAGGUUGGUGUCCUGGUUGGCAAAGACCAGUCAAGUUUUUUCGUGAAUGGGCUGACACUUGGGGGCCAGAAACGUUUUGUGAUCCUAGACUCACUGCUGCAGGAUGGGGAAUUCACCAUGGAUCUUCGUACCAAGAGCACUGGUGGAGGCCCCGCUUUCAAUAUCACUGUCACCAUGACAGCCAAGACGCUAGUCCUGCUGAUGGGUAAAGAAGGUGUCCUCGGUGGUAUGAUCAACAAGAAAUGGUAUGAAAUGGCCUCUCACCUGUGGCGUGCCCAGAACCUGAGACUCAGAGGCAAGAGUCAUGUCCAAUUUUGCCAAGGUGUUGCUGGAAUUUGA